AAACCUGGAGACUCUGGUGGCCGAGGGGCUUCAUCUCAGCUGGGGAGCGAAGAGCUGCCGGCGGCCGCGGAUCUCACAGCCGCUCGGGGUUUUUAGAACUUCAGCUAUAAAAAUGGGCAGGAUUUUCCUUGAUCAUAUCGGUGGUACCCGUCUGUUUUCCUGUGCAAACUGUGAUACGAUCCUGACCAACCGCUCAGAACUCAUCUCCACUCGAUUCACUGGCGCCACUGGCAGAGCAUUUCUUUUUAACAAGGUAGUUAACCUGCAGUACAGUGAAGUUCAAGACCGGGUCAUGCUCACUGGCCGCCACAUGGUUCGAGAUGUGAGCUGCAAAAACUGCAAUAGCAAACUGGGAUGGAUCUAUGAGUUUGCCACUGAAGACAGCCAGCGUUAUAAGGAAGGCCGUGUGAUCCUAGAACGUGCUCUAGUUCGAGAAAGUGAGGGCUUUGAGGAGCAUGUACCAUCUGAUAUCUCUUGAAGAAAAAAGAGAUAAAUCCAUCUUUUCCCAGGUCUUCUUCACUGAAAACAAAAAUCUACUUACAUACACUGUCACCUUAGCAUCAGAGUCGGAUACAUGAACUGUGGAACAAGAGGUUGUGAGAAUCUAUGAUGGAACCUUUCUUUUUCUUUCUUUUUUUUUUAUUUUCUAUUUUCCAUCCAACAGCAGUGUGUAGAGAGAAUAUUAUGCAGAUGCCGUUAAUUUUUUUUCCCUAUGUUUACAUCUUGAGGCAGAAUAGUCUAUCUGCAGCUACAUGGUGGGCUAUGUGAGGAAAAAAAUCUGGGCUGUUAGAGUGAAAAAGUGUUUUAUGUAAAUUUUGAAAGGAAAAUGUGUCAAGAGCAUGGUUUUUAAAUUUAUUUGGGCUUCAUUUUAAACCUUUUUUUUUUUUUUACACCCAGUUAUUUCACUUGAUUUGCUAGCUUCAGAGAAGAGAUCCGAAUUUGUGACCAGCGCUAAAGGUUCAGUGUUAGUAUGGCUUGUGCUGGCCAUUGUGCCAUAUCCUUGUUGGAGAUGAACCGUAGCAUCAGAGCCCAUUCUUCCUUGUCAGUCUUGACCCAAAGAUGUCACCAUUCCUAGUUAUUUGUCACCACAUAAUUGGUGUUGAUUGGAAACUUUUCCUGAUAUGGGGCGGAACUGCUUGGUUGUCUUUUCCAUGUAACUUAAGCAUAGUAAUAUAAAUAAAGUAAUAGUUG